GACAUUAUAAGUUGGGAUAUGGGAACGACAACUGAUUUUCAGUAGUGAUGCCACCACUUCGUUUGUACUUUUUAUUCCCUCAAAUCGCCAUCUAGAUCUCCUUCUACCUUAAGAUUCCUUCUGAUCAUCCUCUCUGUUUGUCUCUCCUUCAAUCUCUUCAUCUGCAAUACACAUAGAUGACUUCUCAAGAGAAAGGUCGGCCAUUGCCCAAAUUUGGUGAAUGGGAUGUGAAUGAUCCAGCCUCAGCAGACGGGUACACAGUUAUAUUUGCCAAGGCAAGAGAUGAGAAGAAAGCCACUGGGACUUCGGCCAGUUCUGUACCAGCAGCAUCACCCAGAGCUGAAGCUGAGUCUAGACAAAAUGACUCAUGUCAGCAAGAUCCAACGAAAAAGUGGUUUUGCUGUUUCUGAAACCUGGAUAUUUCUGUAGCUGCCAAUUGUGAAACAAAAGACAAAUCUUCAAUUGCAGUUCAAGGCUGCCAGUCUAGUUAUAGAAGUGGAGGAAUGCAUGUUGCUUCUUAUUUUCUGAUCAUUUUCUGUAGUGGUAUGUGUAGCAUAAAGCUUCUUCAUAUCUCUUCCUACAUGUUUACCCUAAAAAUUGGAUAACAAUUAAACAUAUAAUGUGGUUUUAAGGAUACGUGAUUUGACAAUAAUAUAAAGCAAAUCAGUGUUUGAACAGAA